AUGGCAUCUAGGAAAAACUUAAAUAUUAGAAAUGACAAAGAUAAAGAAGACGAAGAAGAAGAAAUGGAUCAAGAACAUCGUACAGAGCAGGAAUCUUGUGUUGUCGACCAUGGUGACUUUUCAUCCGGUGGAACAAUAUUCAUACAAGAACUUCGUGAAACAGAUUCAGAUACACAAUUAACAGCAGGUGAACAAGAGUCAGUUAAUUCGCACACAAAUGAGAUCAGUGAAAUUCCGGUCAGUAGCACAGAAGAUUUACAAUGUGAAGAGUCAUUGAGAACUUCGCAGCUUCAAAUAUCAAAUGAGAUACUUCCGAUGAUCCAUGCAAAUCCAUCAAUAGAAGAGACUCAACCACAAGUUAUUGAAAUUAUAUCAACGCAGGAAUAUGUACUUGAAGUUCCUCCAUUGGUAUACAUUGCGCCCGAAGAGUUCUUGAUGGUGGAUAAUUUCGCACUACAAAUACCUUCUCAUAAUGAGAGUCGUGAACGUUCGUUAUCCGUAAACAUUGAUUACUCAACUUAUACUCGAGUUGCUAUCUCACAAGAAGAGCCUGAUGAACUAACAACACCAUCAGAUAUUGAACCGCCACUGUCAGAGAUCAAAUUAAGGCAGCCGAUUAAUGAAGUUAUAGAUAGAAACACAAUUUUGCAAGAUCAAAUAGAUGCUGGAAAGCAAGGAGAUCAGUUGCUAACGGGUAAUGAGCAACGGAAUGAUAAUGUUGGUAUUUUUCGAAAACGUUCAUACAGUGACAGUGGAAUUCCACCUGUCACAAAUAAUAUCAAACGAAAUCGUCGAACAGUUGGCUAA